GAACUGUGGGCGUCUGUGCCAGCCUGUCAUUGGCAAGUGUGCAGCAAUGGAGGGAAGGCUGGAUGAACAGAGAGCAUGCCCCAGCCUCACAGCAGUCCCCAGCUGCUGAUGAAACCUUGUGUGGACCCCAGGGCCUGGCACAGGUCUGACAGCUCCUGAAGAUGGACCGUCACAACAUGUCCUGGGUCCGCUACCCUAGCCAAGUGUCCCCAGAUGUGGAGGAUGUCAUUGCAGCACAGAACGUCAUUUCUAGGUGCAUGCAUGUGUAUGUAGCAGUGUGUGUCCCACUGAGCCUAGUGACGGGGUUCUUCAAUCUGAGCGUGUUCAUCCGGGACCGUACUAAGCUGGAGGUGCUGGACAGACUCCUUGCAGGUCUCACAGUCACCAGCAUCUUGGUGACUCUACUGUCCCUCAAUGCUGCUGGCAGACCUGACUACAUGACCACAACAAACCUGGGCUGUGGGGUGCUUUCAUUCUUCUCCAAUGUCUGCUACUUUACUGCCCAGUACCUGCAGGGGGCCACGCUUGUCCCAUCUCUUCUGCCAGGAUCUUCAGGCUGCCAGCUCUUGGUGAGGCCUGUGGCAAGCCUAGCUGCCAUUGGGGGCUGUGCUGUGUGUAGCUCGCUCAUCGUGGUGUCCCUGCUCGGCACAUCUGGGGAGCUGCAUGCAACCACCAUGUGCCAGGUGGAUCCACUGGCUGCAUGGCCCGAAUACGAGAUCGUCAAGUUCAGCCUGGGUUUUGCACUUGCACUGAGCUUCCAGACGGUUCUCUUCCUCCUGCACGCUACACAGCCAGCCUGGCGGGUGGCUCCUGCUCCAAGAGAUACAGCCUCUGGGCGCUGGGUGGUACUGGCCGUGGCUCUCAACAUGUUUGCUUGUAGACUCUUCUUCAAUGCAGUCCUCCUGCAUCGGGCCCAGCUGAAGCUCCGGAAGGAUGUGGGCACCCCCAGGGAUGAGCUGCUCAUGAACCUCGCAGAGCUGGCCCUAUCUGGAGAGAGCUGCAUCAACUUGGUGGUCACUCUCCUCCUCCACACGCAGUGCAGGCUCAGAUUGCUGGGCCUCCUUGAGCGCCUAACACAGAGAUGCAGGCGGGGGCAGGACAAUAGCAUGCCCUUGAGUAGACUAGGGGGCUAGACAGGGCCUGGCUGCUGGCACAAGCCACACCCCUUCCUAGUGUUCAGGGAUGAGUGACUUUCCCAGGAGCUUGGGGAGGGUUCAUGUGUUCUGUAUGGUGCUUAAUGAACAUGAGUUUGCCUGUGUUCACCUCAACCUAUGCAAAUCAAGACAGUUUCUCUUCCCGAUCAACAGCCACACCUAGCAGAACAUUCAUGUCAAGGACAUAAUGGCAUGGGUACAGAGGCUGCCCAGAGACCACGGGUCCGCUGGAGGGUGUCCUGACUAUAAUGGCCAUCUUGCCUGCUAGUGGCCAUCCUCCAUUCCACAACCCUAGUUCACAAUACAGGAAGGGAAUCAGUAAAUAAACACAGCACUCACCUAA